AUGCUCGUGAAGAGCUUUACUAGACAGCCAUUCUUGUUACAGAGUGCAGCUCAACGUUUGAUGGCAACCACUCCCGAUAUGAAGAUUAAUGCCACCGAGAGCAAGCCAAAGAACUAUAAGAUUUUCUCCAUCUUCCGUUUCGAUAAUGAGAGAGAUAACAAGCCUCAUUAUGAGAAGUAUGCUGUCGAUAUGAACGAUUGUGGUACCAUGGUACUGGACGCUCUUUUCAAGAUCAAGAAUGAGCAGGACCCGACCUUUGUGUUCAGAAGAUCAUGUCGUGAGGGUAUUUGCGGUUCGUGUGCCAUGAACAUCAACGGCGAGAACGGUUUGGCUUGUUUGACUAAGAUCCCCAAGGACAACAAGGUUUGCACGGUUCGUCCUCUCCCUCACUUAUAUGUGAUCAAGGAUCUGGUGGCUGAUUUAACGAACUUCUACGAGCAGUACGCGUCGAUCAAACCGUGGCUGCAGAAGAAGUCGGCGGUGAGCACGGACUACAAGGUGGAGAACCUGCAGUCGCACGAGGAUCGUCUGCUUCUGGACGGUCUGUACGAGUGCAUUCUCUGCGCCUGCUGCUCGACGUCGUGCCCGUCGUACUGGUGGCACGGCGAUAAGUAUCUGGGCCCGUCGAUUCUGCAGCAAGCGUACCGAUGGAUCGCCGAUUCGCGUGAUGAGAUGACGGAGGAGAGACUGAAGAGUCUGGACGAUACGUACAAGCUGUAUCGAUGCCAUGCGAUUAUGAACUGCACGCAUGCUUGCCCCAAGAAUCUCAAUCCGGGAAGGUCGAUCCACAAGCUGAAGAAGGCAAUCCACCAUAUGCAUUAAUGGAGGGGGAGGAAGAAGAGGAGAGUUGAGGUGCGGUGAUUUGUGAUGAUGAGGAUGAGGAGGAUGU